CGUAUAAACCAGUCUUCUGGUACCAGACGGCGCGUGGCUAGAGCGUUUGACAAGAGGAGCGGACAGUGACAGGAGCUUAGUUGAGAUGCGAUUAUGAACUGUGUCGUGUUUCCUACCGUAAAUGAUGAGUUGAAUGUAGUGUGGAGUGGACAACUACGCAACAAGCAUUUGCCUUUGGGGGAGGUCAGCAUCAGAGGGCUUACACCUCUUCAUCGCUCGUUACCAUCAGAAAUUAAUGUCAGCUCUUGGGUGUCAAGGCAGUCGUGGGAAUUAUCUGUUCCAGAUGAACUGCAGUAUAUGCUUGUCACGUACAAAACAGUUGGAUACAAGGAGAAAGUUUAUCAAUCGUGUUCGCUCGCUUCAGUCGGUGAUGGGAAGGAGACUGCCUUGAUGAGGUCGUUUGCUCAACAUCUUGCGUCGGAACGCGUUGGGGUGGGAUAUGCUUCAUUUGAUUCUUACACUCACAUGAUUCUCAUUCCCAGGCCUGUGAGAACUAACAGAGCCGCUAAAUCCGUCGUCUCGACUGCGUCUAAUAGUCAUUCGUUUUUUCAUCUUCUCAUCUGUUAUGAGCCGCUGCUGGUUGAAGCGAUAGAAGAUGCUGUUGAAGCGACGACAGCUAGUGAUGGAUUGGAUGAAAAUAAUGUAGAAGAGGAAGGAACGAGUGCUCUUAUGGAAAUAGCAAUUGAGAGCCACAACGAUUAUGAGAAAGCCAGUCAAUGUGACAGUCACGUGCAGCAAGAUUUCUCUCAGUAUUCAUAUCUGUACGGUUCCUAUAUGUGUGAAGCUUCCUAUGUAGAUGGUUUAUAUACGAAUGGUUCAUAUAUGGAUGGUUCAUAUAUGGAUGGUUCAUGUAUGGAUGGUUCAUAUGUAGAUGAUUUGUAUGCAGGUACUUUGUGUGUGGAUGGUUCGAAUGCAUACAGAGAGAUGGACGUUAACCUAUAUGGGUCGAGAUCUGGUUCGUACGGUCGUACAGAACAAGACAUCUCAUUUUACCCAUCAACACAGGAACAAGAUGAAUUAGCAGCAGUCAACGAAACUCCUGCGAACGAAGUGGAAACUCCGUUGCUCGCCAGUUUGCGUUCUGUUCUUGAUGUUGUGAAACACCGGCGGACACAGAGUGUCGAUACAUUCACAUUUCCUUCUGACGGGUAUGAACACUUUAGCGAAGAUGACGCAAACUACGACGGCUCUCAUCAACCAGUAGAACUUGCAGAGUCAGACGAUGCGAGAAGCGAAUAUGGUGAAGAACAACACACACGCUCGCCAUCCAGCUAUCUCAGUGAAGACGAGGAGGAUACAGAUGCGAGAUGGGAUGUAACGAACGGUCAUCCUAACAUGCAACUCUUUCGCUCUUGUCUCGUUCGACCUCGCAAGAGCGAUUACAAAGUGAACCGGCCUCCUCGACGAGGUUUCGCAUCUUGCUACAGAUCAGCAUCGAGAUCGUCUUCAUUGAACUUGAGCAGGUACAUGAUUAAUUCAUCUACACGCUUGCAGCCAAAGAGUCGAUCUACAACAAAACAUGAGCAGUACACUUGAUGCUUUACUGAUUUUUGACACUGGCAACCUAAGAUUUCGCACAUGCAUUAUUUCUUUGCUUUCGGAUUCCUACUUGUUCCCACUGUGCCAAGACGACGGGUGAGGUUCCGGCAAUGUUGCACGUAUACACAAACACGUUGAAAAUUGAUGUUUCUAUGAACAACUGCUAACACGGACACGUUACUUGCGGUCAUAGUUGCUUUCAUAAUAAUUGUGGAAAUGUGGUAGACAUCUUUGUACAAGUACAAUGAAAGGUAUGUAGGGUGGACGUCUCGAAAGGAUGGGAACAAAAUAGAGGGAGGGAUGUUGACACUUGUAAAGCAUGAACAAGGAAGGAGUCUAGAGCUAGUGUGCUGCAAUGUAGAGAUGAUGUAUUAUGCAUUCAUGGAAGCGCAGUUAUGUGUACUGUAACUGCGGCUAUGUUUCCACUAGCUGCACCUUAAACUAGUUUAGCUUAAACGCAUUUAAA